CCAUUUUCUCUUCGUUAUAUACAGAGAACUCCAAGCAUCCUCUAACGAGCAAGAGAAGAGUUUGUUAAAUUUUUUUGUUGGCGUUGUUUGUUGAUCGAUUUUGGUAUUGGUCUAAUUGAUUUGAUUUGCGAUGGCUGGAAUGUGCUGCGGUGUUGUUGGAGAAAGCGAGGCGUCGGCGGCGACGACGACGACGACGACGACGAUGGACUCGAGCUCCAGGACCUCGCGGCGGAGGAGAUUGGACCUCUUGCCGCUUAAGUACAUAGCUGAACUGGCCGUCCAGCCGACGGCGGAGAACGGGCGGAAGCGGCAGAAGAUCGAUAUGUACCGGUCCUUAUCGUCCGUACCACAAAACGCAGCCGAGAGCUCGAAAGAGGGACUCGAAGAGUCGAAGCCUAGUGCUACGGUGCGUGUUGUGGAAGAUGAUGCUGGUGUAAAGGAUAGACGUGGUGAUGAGGUGUCCGAGUCUGUUCGCGUGGAAAACAAAGCGGUUCAGGCGCCGGUCCAGGACAGUCCCCGGUUCGGUAUGACUUCGGUGUGUGGGAGAAGACGAGACAUGGAAGACGCCGUUUCGAUUCACCCGUCUUUUUUGCAAAAGGAGAAUCCGGAAUCUAACCGAACUCACUUCUACGGCGUUUUCGACGGCCAUGGCUGUUCUCAUGUGGCCUUGAAGUGUAAGGACCGAUUGCACGAGAUCGUAAAGCAAGAGCUCGAAACCGAAGGCGAGACCGUACAGUGGAAGGACGCCAUGGAGCGAAGCUUCUUGAAGAUGGACGAGGAGGUCCAGGAAGGGAACCUCAAGGCACAGAGCUCGAACUGCCGGUGCGAACUCCAGACUCCGCAGUGCGACGCCGUCGGUUCUACGGCGGUUGUGGCCAUCGUCACCCCGGAGAAGAUUGUCGUCUCCAAUUGCGGCGAUUCCCGCGCUGUGCUUUGCCGAAGCGGCGCUGCGGUUCCUCUUUCCUCCGAUCAUAAGCCGGAUCGACCCGACGAGCUCGUUCGGAUCGAAGCAGCGGGCGGGCGCGUGAUCUACUGGGACGGCGCGCGAGUCCUCGGAGUUCUUGCCAUGUCGAGGGCCAUCGGCGACAACUACCUGAAGCCGUACGUGAUAUCGGAGCCGGAUGUGACGGUCACGGAUCGGACGGCGGAGGACGAGUGUCUCAUCCUUGCCAGCGACGGCCUUUGGGACGUGGUAUCCAACGACACCGCCUGCGGCGUCGUGCGCAUGUGCCUGCGCGCGCAGACGGCGGCUUUGCAGUCGGGGUUGUGCUGUGAUGCGGCGGCGAGCUCCGACAAGGCGUGCUCGGACGCAUCCAUUUUGUUGACGAAGUUGGCCUUGGCUAGGCAGAGCAGCGACAACGUCAGCGUCGUCGUCGUGGAUUUGAGAAGACCGGGGAGGUCCUAAAUCCGGUGUCGUUUGGUUACGCGAUGAUGAUAUAAUUACCGAUCUAGCCUCAGAGAAAGGGAAAUUACAAGAGAGUAGCUUUCGAUUUGUUAAUUUUUAGUUGUGGGCUGCUCGUAAUUUUCUUUUAAUUUACAAGUUGAAGGAAAGAAAAUUUAGAUUUCUUUCUCUGAGUCGUUUGGUUUAUUUUUUUUCUCUCUUAAUUUUUAGUUUUUCUUUUUAUUUUACAAUAUCCGCUUUGACUGCAGAACGUUGCAGAAAUGUGCUAUUAUACGAACUAAAUUGUUUUUUUCUUUUA